AUGUCACAGCCAGCUCACCAGCAGACGCCCACCAAGGCAGCCGUGGGCGUCGAAGCACCCCCAGAGAGCGUCGCUCAAGAUGGGACGUCCAAAUCGCAAAGGACAAUCAUCCAGACGAUAUAUGGUUGUCUAGCAUAUGUGCCACCAAGAUGUCGAUAUGACCCCGAGAAGCCGUUUGAGUUUUCGAUGGGCUUAAACUUGCUAUUCGCGUUCGCCGGCUGCUUCACUGUGGCAAAUCUCUACUAUACCCACCCGAUUCUUAACCUGCUUGCGGACGACUUCCAUGUCACGGACGAGCAAUCGUCCUAUAUUCCGACCCUGGCGCAGGCCGGCUAUGCAGGCGGGUUGCUGUUUCUCUGUCCACUGGGUGACUUGCUCAAAAGGAGGCCGUUUGUGCUAUGGCUGGUCUGGUUCACGGCCACAUUAUGGAUUGGACUCUGCGUGACCAAGUCUUUCGCUGUGUUCGGUGUGAUCACGUUCAUAACGAGCGUCACGACGGUAACACCCCAGUUGAUGCUGCCACUCGUUGGCGACAUGGCUCCACCACACCGUCGGUCCACCUCCCUCUCGAUCGUCGUCUCCGGUAUGCUCCUUGGCAUGCUCAUCGCUCGUCUCCUGUCCGGUGUUGUUGCGCGAUUUAUCGGCUGGCGCUAUAUUUACUGGAUCUCGUUUGGAUUGCAAUACUUUAUUCUGGUCUUACUCUACCUGUUCAUGCCGGAUUACCCGGCAACCAAUCCAGGUGAGAAAAUCUGGCGGAGGUAUCCAACGCUCCUGUGGGACAUCCUGAAGCUGGUGGCCAAGUAUCCGGUACUGGUACAGGCAAUGCUUAUUGGUCUGCUCACCUCUACCUCCUUUACGAGUUACUGGACGACGCUCACAUUCCUCCUGGCCGGACCGCCGUAUCAUUACAGCUCUUUGGUCAUCGGUCUUUUUGCCCUGAUUGGCAUCGGCUCGAUGACCUGGGGCCCGGUCUUCGCAAGGACCGUCAUGGAGAAACACCAGCCUCUCCUCUCGGUCAUCAUCGGCGAGUUGAUAUGCCUCGCAGGCGUUAUCGUCGGCACGUACACCGGCAAACAUACAGUUGCUGGUCCGGUCAUUGAAGCCGUUUGCAUCGACAUCGGGAUACAGACCAGUCAGAUCGCGAACCGGACUGCCAUUUACGCCGUCGCGCCGAAGGCCCGCAAUCGAGUCAACACGGCAUACAUGGUCAGUGUGUUUUGUGGACAAUUGAUGGGCACCGCCGUGGGCAAUGCCAUCUACGCCGAUGGUGGCUGGAUCGCCGCUGGCUCCGCUAGUGUUGGCUUCGUCUCUGCAGCCUUGGUUAUCUGCUUCCUCAGGGGUCCGCAUGAGCGAGGAUGGAUCGGCUGGCAUGGCGGAUAUGACAUGCGCAAGGGAGUGCCCGAAGCACCGAAGGACGGCCAAACAGAUCAAGAGGCUAUCCAAGUACAGGAACAUCCAGCGCCUUUCAGGCAAGAAAACCCUGUAGUGCCUGAAGGACAGGCGAAGCAGCUCGAAGAAAAGACUCCGAUCGAAAUAGACGGGAUCGAUCAAAGCUCACGAUCGUCGCAGCGUACGCUUGGCGAAGAGGUCUCGGAACACAGGGAGAAAGAGUAG